UACCGCAGGGAUCAUCUAUGCCGGUGAGCUCUCGAGGCUAUAGACAUGGGAGCUCAUAAAUGCUUUAGCUGCGACAGACACACUAUGGUGCUACAUCCAGAAGCGUUCAGAAAGGCGCGAGAAAAGGUGGAUCGAGUCAUAGGAACGAACAGGCUCCCAAACCUUGAAGACAGGCCGAAUUUGCCAUAUGUCGAUAGUGUGCUGAAAGAGACAUAUCGUUGGCACGCCCCCCUCCCACUAGGCAUUCCCCACUACAUUACAGAAGAUGAUGAAUCAAAGGCUAUCACCUGCCUCGAGAUACCACCGUCAUGGCAAACCUAAGGUCUAUUUGCGGAGAUGAGCGCACUUGGAGUGACCCGGCUGCAUUCCGUUCGGAGCGCGCUUCUUCGAACUAGACUCUUCCCAUGCAGAAGCGCUAGACCCUCGCAACAAUGUCUUCGGACACGGACGCAGG